AGCCUAUGUGCGUCGUGACGUCAGACGCAGGUUUGUAAAAGAAGCGGGAGUAAACAUGGCGCGUUUGAAAUAAACUUCAGACUUCAGCGGCGGGUUUGUCGACACAAUAAGACAGUUUUCAGCGUUUGCGUCAGGAUGUCGUCGUUGAAGCCGUUCAGUAAACUUCCCGCCUUGAACACGGCAAACAUUCUGCUGGUGGAGAGCGAGGAGCAGCUUCAGCAGAGUUUAGCAGCCGCUCUGGUGAAGGAGGCCUCCGUCACUGUGAACGUGAGACUAGCAAAGAGUUUGCCCCUGCCCGUGAAGAACGAGGAGAGUCGUCCUAGGAUUGACCUGGUGGUGUUUAUCAUCAACCUGACCUCGGAGCUCAGUUUCCAGUCAGCAGAAGCUUCCCUGAAAUAUCUGGACCCUGGAUACUUCCUUGGAAAAGUCUGCUUCAUGGUCACUAAUGCUCGUAGCGCUUCAGUCCCCACAGAGCGCCUAGACGCCGUCAGAAAGCUGGCUGCGUCGCUCCACUGCCCCUUACUGUUUGCAGAGGAUCAGACGCCCGACGGUGUCACCAAUGCUACAGAGAGGCUGCUGACCAUGCUGAAGGUGGCGGCUGGCCUCGUUCCCAUGGCUACCGCUCUCUACCUGUCCCACCUGACUCGCUGCACGGUGCCCCCGGACAUCGACCAGCCGAGCUUUGAUUAACUCCUGCGGCCGCUUCCUUCCUUUCGUGUACAUAUUUAUUUGUAGUAAACACAUUUUAUCUCAUGUUUGUGCUGCAGUUUCUGUCUCCUCCCUGCAGCAUGUGCAACAUCGGCAGUCUAAAGUUUUAAACAAUACGCCCUGUGUUUGAAUCGAAGAUAGCCGGAGUUCAGUGACGGAUAAAGAAAACAGCCCGUGUUAUGUGGGAAACCAGCGGCUUCAGUAUCAGGGUGCUGCUGCCAGUCAUGCUGGCUCAUUGUCACCCCGUCAUGACUCAUCGGGACACUUGAGUAGAACAGAGGUGUUGUGAAUGUCAUUGGUAACACCUGUGCUUUUACCUGUUUGUGUCUGCAGCAAACGAGCGAGCUAAGAUAAGAUAAUUUAACUGACACGGUGACCUUUGAAGUGUCGCUGACCGGCUCAUCGCGACCUUAAAUGACCGUUCUUCUGUCGGUAAUUCAUCAAUUUAAGACCCACACAGGCGAUUUUAAGUAUUUUGGCUCAAGUCAUUGCCUUAAAUCAGCCUGUGUGGGCGAUAUCAAAACAGCCUCUGCAGCCUCUGUAUUUGUGUAUAUAAAGUGUAUAUAAUCAUAAUUCAGUACUGAAUGUUUUCUAUGUGUAGUGUGUGUCUUUGUUUUCAUGGUUCACACACGUUUGAACGUCUGCUGGACGAUUUUAACAAAA